AGGAGGUGCGGCCGCCGGAGCCACCGCCCACCGGGCUGUCCCGGCCAAUGAGAAGCGGCCUGUGCGGCGACCUCUGAUAGGAGCGGAGCUUCACUUCAUCACCGUCUUCUGCCGUCAAUGGAGAAAGCCUUUCCUCCGUUCCAACAAGAGACGCCGUGUCUGAGUGUGACCAAUCUGCCAAUGGGACUAUAAUCUUGACAAGCAACACACGGGGGGAGUGGACGGCUGUUUCUUCACCGCCUCUGGAUCCUGACAGAGUUUGACAGCUGGAACCUCUCUGUCCAAGUAUCUGGUUGACAUUCAUCGAUCAGAAAGCUGCAUGUGUGAAACCAUAGUAACCAGCAAUGGAGCACUGGCCUACAGUGGCCUGGGUCCUGGUGCUGACCGUCAUCCUGGAUCUUCUGAAAGCCGUCCACACCAGAGACUUUACUGAACAAGAUAUCAUCUACCUCCACCCCUCAACCACUCCAUUUCCUGGUGGAUUCAAGUGUUUUACCUGUGAAGAUUCACAAGAUAACUUUGAGUGUAAUCGCUGGGCACCGGACGUGUACUGCCCAUUUGAGGCCAAAUACUGCUACACACGCCACACAAUAGAUGUGGAGGGAGACAGUAUAUCUGUGACUAAACGCUGUGUGGCCCUGGAGGACUGUCUUUCGGCAGGAUGCACUGAAAUGGAUCAUGAAGGAAACAAGGUUUGCAUAGCCUGCUGUGAGGGAAAUAUCUGUAACCUACCAGUGCCAUGGAAUGAAACAGAUGCCAUCUUAACCACCACCUCACCACUCAGCAACACUGUUGGACUUUUACAAAGCUACGCACUGACUUUUUCUCUCAUCAUUGGUUCCUUCAUUGUCUCAAGUGGCGUUUGAAAAGUGAAGGCACAGUCAACUUCAUCAAGGUAUACUGGAAAGUUAUAGGCGUGUCAGUGAACCACUUGGAUUGUACUUCGACAUAAGACAGUUUGGACAGUUUCUUUUCCUGUCAGGUCCAAACACAUUUCAAAUCUGUUAUCAAAAGAAUAGGCACUUAACAUUGCACAGUGUAGCGACUUUAAUAGAUGAGAUUAUCACUGGUGACCAUGGGGAAUAAAACAUCUUAACAUGUUGUUUAGUUUGUUACCUAAAGAAUGAUUUUAUUUACUACACUUUUUGUGUUGCUACAUGUUUGUCCAACCAGCCAGACGGCAGUCAUAAAUAAUGUUGUUCCAAAUAUAUUACUGUCACAAUGUAGAAGAUCGGUAGAAGGUGCUUGGCAAAAUACAGAAAAGUUGGUACCUCUUUGCAACAAAAGUUAGAACAUCAUUUUCUAUUUAACAGGAAAUGAUCCAUGAGGAAAUAAUAGUUACAAGUUAACCAAUCAAUCUUCUGAUACAUGGAAGUACUUUAUUUUGACUCAUUUCAUUUUCUGCUGUCUUCCUACAAGAUACUUGUUAAGGCCCAAGGUAUUAAUGGGCUGAACGUUGGCAGAAAAGUAGAGAGACAAAGAUUUCCACCAAUGCUACAAGGAAUAUAAAUUAUUUUUAUUAAUCAUUUAUUGAGGUAAAAGGUAAAAGACAGUAAAAAAAAUGCUGUUAUGGUUAAAAUUGUGGCUACUGCAAUAGCACAUGCAAGACUAUGUCAGUGUUGAAAGAGGAAAUUACACUUUUUUCUCCUUGUAAAUGAAAUGUUAAAAUCAUUCACAUUCAAAGUAUUAAACCAUGCUCUUGCUCAGUCAUAUACAGGAGUUAUAUAUAGUAUAUAUACUAUAUAGAAGUUUAACUGCUACAGCUUUACGUGGCCUGGUAUGGCCAGCUUUUGAUAAUUAAUAUUAAUAUGUAAUUGACAUUACUGAGUCAGCUCACUGACAAUGACUCUUCUACACUUGUUCUACUGUUGACAUACAUUUCAGCAGGUAUGCAGGUAAACAUUUAAAUGGUUUUAUCACCAAAGUAAAAUUAGAAGUAUACACAGCACACCCACAUGUUUGUUGUUUUCUGCAUACUGUAUUAGGACACCUAAUAAUUAUGUCAUUAAAGCAAUUGACUCAAGAGAAUCUCGGGAAAUAAAAUGAGCCACUGUUUAAAGGUUACAUAGUCUUGCUUUAAAAUGACCCUACUGACCUUAAGCAGUAAAGCCUGUCUAAACAGAGUGUAAAUGUGACAUGCAGCUGCAUAUAUAACUCAUAUCUUAACACUUGUUAUAUCAGAAUUGGAUCAAAAGGCUCGUUGUGACGAAUCCACAGAGAAUUAUUAACCAACUUUACAAUGCAAUAAUAUGUCAGUGCUGUUUGUCUGUCAGCUUCUUUUGGAUUUCUUCUGCCCCAUACUGGCAAAAAAUCACUAAUGCAGCUUUAAAGACUGGUAAUGGAAGAACUGAAGAACAUUGUCCAUGCAAGUAUAUAGUCUUUUUUAAGUAUUUAGGAUUUGAUGUUGCAUGUGUGAGUCUAUAAUCCAUGAUGUAUGUCACUGAAUGCAUAUAUACAUAUACAUAGUAUUUAUUUUUAUAUCAACUGUUCUUGUGAAAAAAGUGGAAGUAUGAAAUGUUAGCUGUAGGUUACAGAUGUUGAUGUGAAACAUCAAGGGCCAUGAUGCAGAGCUGUUGUUGUAGAAAGUUCAUAUACUCAUGAGAACAAUACUAACCGUUAAUUUGACAAAUUGUGUAACAAGACUUAACAUUUAAACAACAAAAUGUGGUGCAAGUCCAUGCACUCCAGAAUGACACACAUUCUCUGAUCUGAAGCCCCUAUCAGCAGGUUUCAGGUUGUGCCAUCAAAAACUAUUACAAAUCACUGUUGAAAAGUAUAUCUGUCUGUGUCAUAUUUACUAUGGCUGCUAGAGGGCGCUGCCACUUGAAAGUAAAUGACUGAUCCUGUUGUUUUUCUUGGGAGGACAGUCUCACUUAUUCAAACAUUAGUAUUAUGAUUAAGAAAUACAAUACAUUCUAUUCCAAUGUGCAGCAUAUUUAGAAUUAAACUAGACCCUCUUUUUCCGUGUCUACAUAAAAAAUUUUUUUUGCAAUUUCCACUGCCUUGGUCACUCACCUCCCUAUGGGGCAAACAUGCAACUUCUGCUAUCAUGUACUAGCAUGGAACAACAACAUAAAAAAACCCCUGCUAAAACACUAUAGAGCUAUUGUGUAAUCAAUGCACAGAUGCUGAAAGAAUUUAAGCAUUAAACAUAUAACAGAAAUCAUAUUUUUACAAGCUACCAUUUAAGUUUUCAUGAUUGUGAUCACGCUGACAAUUUCUGCUUUAAAAUAGUACCAGGUGUAUAUACAUCUCAAAAACCAGCAUCAUUUAUUGUAACAUUACCUCUUUAUGUCGAGUAACACAAUAUACAUAGUCAAAUUUUAGUGGCCACUUUUCAGUGUACACUUGCUGUUGUGGCAGCGCUAGCAUGGGCAUGCUCAGAUAUUACUGCACUGCCACUCAAAGUCAAAGCAAUUUCAAAUUCAACCUUGUUUGUCAGUGACCUUUCAAUGGGCAACCAAUGAUAUGACAGCUGUCCAUGACAUUACUUGAUAGCAACCCAUGAUGGACAAACCCCUCUUGAUUAUCAAGUUGUCACCAAUCUUUCUUAACUUAAAUAUGUAAUUAAAUCAUUUUCAUUUUCAUAAUGCUGACAGAAUUCCCACAAUUCAAAUCAUAAUUUAGUCUGUUGUGUUUACUUUUAAAACUCAUCAGGAUCUUAAUUCCUAUGGAUAUAAUUGCAUAAAUGUAUUUGUUCAAAGCCAGAAAGCACACAUUCCUGUGACCUUUGUCAUAGGACCACCAUCAGAUCAAAAUUUCCCCUUUAUCAAUUCUUUGGUUCAUUGAAAAAGAAUGACUGAAUUUCCAUUAAAUUGAUAGAUAUCCACAAUCACCGGAGGAUUAGUCCUGACCUUUUCUUCCAGCACCACCAUCAUUUUCAUCUCACAACUCAUUUGUGCCCUAAUUUUAGAAUUCCAGGGGCCACUACUGUAGGCUGUUACUGUGGCUCUGCCUGUCUCUAUGAAAGUGUAGCUGUGAUUGUCAUAUGCCUCAUGAUAAACAGAGAACAACUAAAAGAGCUAUGUCAGCAUCUCUGUAAAAAUGUUAACCAACUGUGUUAACUUCAUAUUACUUUGGCAUUGUCUACCUUAAAACUAGACUAUAUACAUUAUGAAAAAAGAAAUAACAGUCUUCUUGGAAAGUUGAAUUCAUAAGCAAGCAACAGCCUUAGUCUGGUAUAACCAGUUGCUCAUGAUGGCUAAUGCUAGCAAACUUUAGAUAGGCUACUGCUGUGUGACAUUGAGCUAGAGAGAGGAUUUUAUGGAUUUUCUUCAUUAAUACCUGUAAACCUGUAAUUACCACUUGUGGCUGUCCAGCAAAAGUUACAUAGGCUUGGUUUAGAAUAAGCUACAUUCUAGCCACUAAAUAGCUGUUUUCUUAGGAGACGCUUCCAUUCCUAAAUGUUGUAAGUACUUUUCCGUUAAAGUAUUACAUAUUAUAAUUAUACUGCACCUGCACUCACAUAUCUCAAACACCAACCCAUGCUAUGGACCAGAGGAUAUGGAAUGAGUGUUUUACACCUUUAAUUCAUAAAAUUAUAGCCCUUAAUGUUUUCCACUGCAGUCCCAGAGUUCUGUGUUUGGAAUACAUAUGACAAAUCUCUCAUCCAUCACUCAGCGGCAUGCCAGUGAGAAAAUGCUGUAUCUGCAUUUACAGUGUUAUUGUGCUGGAGGCUUUGAAAUUUGUUUAGGCUGGUGGCCCGAGACACAGAGGAGGCUGCUCACUUCCCUUCUCACUGUUUCACUGUCACUGUCUCGCACACUCUCUUUUUCUCAUCUCACUUUGUUCAAACCAGGAUUCCAGAGGAAAACGGUUUAUCAUUAUGAUUGAUAGACACAUUGUUUUAAAAAUUGUCCAGUUUGUUCUGUCAACAGUCGUAAAUUAUUCUGCCAGAGUAGUUCAAGGGCUAAUACCUGAUACAUCUUAUUGUAUCAGGCAAUAUUUAACAGGUUCAGGCUUUUGUAUUAACUCUAAGCUAAAAGAUGUUUCACAAGUUGCCUUUACUGGCUUCUGGCAAACUUUUGUACAAAGGAUGUGAAAGUAGCACUAGUGCAUAAAUGUAUUAGUGUUACUUUGAAAAUCAAUCUGUGUUGCAUGCUAUUUUGUGCCAGCUGCUUGUUAUUAAUAUGUAUAUACAUAUAUAUGCUGUAUAUGAGUAUGUAUUAUUUAUGUAUGUGAAACCUUCACUUUUCAUGUUCCAAAUGAGUUUUUUAAAUGUGAGCAUCAAUUAAUAUUAUUCAUGUCAUGUUGUAUGUUAUACUUGUGUUUG